AUGGGAUACAUGAACCAGCCAAAAUUCAUGGAACUCUACACCUACGCCUUAGAGAGUGACUUUCAGAGUCCAGACGGCGAGCCAGCGGCAUGGGAUCCAGGACAUCCCUUUCGCUGGGAUGAGGUGUGGCAAGUGUUUUUCGCUCCUAGUAGGAUCGAAUGCAAACUAUACACACUUGUCUCUUCUGCAGAAGGCUCGAUCGUGGUCUGGGAGCUUGACAGGGACGGAAAGAAUGUGUCUGCGGAGAAGAAUGAAAACAGAGUAGAUAUCGGCACUCUUUCAGCCAAGGCAGCGGACACCGCUAUAUCCAAGCUUGUGGCUAAUCACGGCUGGAAACUAGGUGGAGCAGGGACCAAGGCGAUCGCGGAGGGCUUCAAGACAACUAUAACUAGAGCCGUUGACAUCCAUGCCUUGAAGAACCAAAUCACCUUAGACGGCAAACUUGCAUUCGUAUGGCGCACCUUUUAG